AGAAAGAAAGAGAUAGGAAGGAGGGGUUGAAAAAUUCUUUAAGAUUUUUAAAAAAUAUAAGCAGUUGUUGUGUAAGUUCUACUCUAAUUUCCUCUCUAUAUAUAUGGAGGUAGAUGAGAAAGAGUGAUAAGUGACAAAAGUUCUUUCUUACGUGAUUUCUCUCUUCGAAGUUGACAAUUUUCAGUCACAAAAAAUGUCAGCUUCAGAUGCACUCAACUCCUAUCCACAUGUAGCUCUCCUCCCAAGCUCUGGUAUGGGACAUCUAAUGCCCUUUCUUCGUUUAGCUGCAACACUUGUUCAACAUCAUUGCCGGGUCACUGUAAUCACUAUCUAUCCAACUGUUUCGGUUGCCGAGUCUCGAGCAAUCUCUAGUCUCUUCUCUGCUUUUCCUCAGAUCACUGAAAAUCAGUUUCAUCUCCUUCCUUUUGAUCCCUCUUCAGCCAAUUCUACUGACCCUUUUUUCCUCCGGUGGGAAGCUAUUCGUCGUUCAGUUCACCUUCUCACUCCUCUCCUCUCUUCCAUCUCUCCUUCUCUCUCUGCCAUUGUCACAGAUUCUAGUUUGAUUUCCUCUGUUGUUCCAGUUACCGCAAACUUAGAUCUACCAAACUACAUCUUGUUCACAUCAUCAACCAGAAUGUGUUCUCUCAUCGAGGCUUUCCCAGCUUUUGUCGCAUCCAAAACCCAUUUUGAUUCGAUUCAAUUGGAUGACGUUAUUGAAAUCCCAAGCUUUUCCCCAAUACCCGUUUCAUCAAUCCCUCCAGUGCUUCUAAAUUUAAAUAAUCUCUUUACCACCACGCUCAUACAAAACGGUCAGAGCUUCAGAAAAGUAAAUGGGAUAUUAAUUAACACAUUUGAAGCACUAGAAGCCGACAUCCCGCUUGGGAUUAAUGACAAAAGAGCUGCAGACGGCCUUCCACCUUACUGUAGCGUUGGACCACUUUUGCCAUGCGAAUUUGAGAAAAUAGAGUGCAGUGCACCUGUGAAGUGGCUUGAUGAUCAACCAGAAGGAUCAGUGGUGUAUGUUAGUUUUGGCAGUAGGUUCGCCUUGUCAAGUGAACAAAUAAAGGAGCUUGGAGACGGGUUAAUAAGGAGCGGGUGUAGGUUUCUUUGGGUGGUGAAAUGUAAGAAAGUUGACCAGGAGGAUGAAGAAAGUUUGGAUGAGUUGCUUGGUCGAGAACUUCUGGAAAAAAUUAAAAAGUAUGGGUUUGUUAUUAAGAACUGGGUGAAUCAACAAGAGAUAUUGGAUCACAGGGCUGUUGGUGGGUUUGUUACACAUGGUGGGUGGAACUCAUUGAUGGAGGCCGUCUGGCAUGGAGUACCGAUGUUAGUAUGGCCACAGUUUGGGGAUCAGAAGAUCAAUGCAGAAGUGAUUGAAAGGAGUGGGCUGGGAAUGUGGGUCAAGAGGUGGGGCUGGGGUACACAGCAGCUGGUGAAAGGAGAGGAGAUCGGAGAAAGAAUCAAAGAUUUGAUGGGAAACAACCCGUUGAGAGUGUGUGCCAAAACUUUAAGAGAAGAGGCAAGAAAAGCUAUUGAAGUUGGUGGCAGUUCUGAGAAGACGUUGAAGGAGCUCAUAGAGAAUUGGAAGAAGACCAGUAGAAAAGCUUGAUGGUUCAUGAAUCAUGGCUCCUUGAUAUCACAGUUUGAUCACCGGCCUGCUUUCCCUUUUAUCUUCUUGUUCCUCCAGUUUCAUUGGAUAUGUAACAAAGCAAAUCCUGGUGGAAUUGAUAAUCAUAAUCAUUAGAUAA